CCCCUCUCGCGCUCAGUCUGCGUGCUGUAGCCCUGCUGUGCGGUCCUCUCAGUCCUCUGUCGAAGCACCGAAGGGAGGAGGAGCCACCGUCUCUGUACACACACACACACACACACACACACACAUUCCCAUACUCACAUAGACACACACGCUCUGACAUCUCGCAUCAUCUCUUCUGCACGCUCACUGUAAGCACCAGCAAAGCCAGCCAAGCCAGCCAGCCAGCCAGGCCCAUUCGGAGCAGGAGAGCCCAACAGACUCGUCGCCCAAAAUGGAUGUACUGAUGAAGGGGUUCUCCAUGGCCAAGGAGGGGGUGGUGGCCGCUGCGGAAAAGACCAAAGCUGGCAUGGAAGAGGCGGCAGCCAAGACCAAGGAAGGGGUGAUGUAUGUAGGUAAGACAUCUCAUCUGUGGAGCUGCACUGAGUCUCAUAAACGAAAUUUUGAUGAUUUUUUUUUGGGGUGGGGGGGGGAGAAGGGUUUGUUUGUUUUUUUAAGUCAGCGCACCUGCGGUUGCAUCGUCUGCUUUUUGAGGUGGGGUCCCACGGGUGUCCACGUCUGGGACCCUUGUAAGAAGUGACAGGAACAGAGGGAGGAGGAGGAGGAGGAAGGAUACUGCUGCAGGACUGGUGCAGGGGCAGAGGGUGGGGGUCUGAUGGAGCGAGGAGGGGGUAUUCGACUGAGAAGAGGGUGGAAAAAGUUGUAAUUCGGUCAAAAAAAGAGCUAAAAAAGAAAAAGAGAGGAGUGGGGUGGUGAAGCGGUAUUCUGCAGGAUCCCGUGAUGGCGCUGCUCCGUGAGGUUAUCAGCUGUCCUAUUUUAUUCAUACUGUGGAGCAGUUUAGAGGGACGUCCUAUGGUGGACUCAAUGCAGUGGUUUGGUCGCUGUAACUACUGAGUACAUCUACCUUUUUAAAAAUUCAGAGGCUGACCUAUAUUUAAAACCGCACGUCUUCUUACAUAUCUACCAAAACGAUGUCUAAAGGCACCACAGAAACCUACACGAUAAUAUGUCACCUUUUUGAAAUAGCCAGAAAUGAUGAAUUCGUAUCGGAGGCUUUGUGGACAUGCUGUUCUUUUCAUGCAGUCUUACAUUAGCUGAAGCAGCUAAUGCGUCACAGCUCAAGGUUACCCCGAGUAGCAGGCUUUUAGGGCCGCUUAGAAGGGAGGGGAGGGGGGGUAGUAAAAGUAGCAGGGUGGGUGAGGAGUCGGUGGAGUGGAAGUCUCAUUUCCUUUCAUUACUCUGAUUGAUGACGUGAAAAUCUGAGUUAUGCUGAAAAUGAUCUUUUUUAAAUGCGAGUCACAAACAGGGGGAUGGAGAGGGGGAGGGAGGGGAAGCGAGAGGAAGGGAUCACUUUUGCGCAGCAGUAGUUAGCUGUCCCGUGACCCCCCCACCCUUCCCCCUUGGAUGUGUGUUGUAGGACUUUGCCUGCCAGUUGUGUUGCUCUGAUGACUAACCAUCUUCCUCCCCCACAGCUCUGAAAAUAUCAACCCUCACUAACACCACUAUCACCACCCCUCCCAGGGAAGGACGUAGGGAUGCAUGGAAGGGGGGGAGAGAAUGGAAGAGAAAGAGAGAUGGAGGGAGAGAGAGGGAGGGGGUGUUAUGUCAGGAAAAGGCUCUGAGCUUCUGGCUUGUGGAUGAACAGAUGGAGGGACAGAGAAAAAGAGAGAGAGUUGGAGGGACAAAGGUAAAGAGAAGCACACAGAGGACAGAGAGAGGAAGAGGAGAGGGGUUGUGAUCGCUGAAGUGAGGAGGGUCAAUGGCUCUGAUAAAACACUGUAUCUGCCUGGAGCAGAGCGCAGACGUCAGGAUGAAGCGUAGGUCUGCAGGCCGACAUCACCGACAGGCCAAACCUGAACAGACAGAGUGACGUGGACAGUGAUUUAAUAAAACAUGAACCACUCCACACUAAAAAAUUCUAGUAAAGGUUGUCGUCACGAGCUUUCUGACUGGAUUUAGUUUGAUAUUUAGUAUUUUUUCAGGAUGUUUUUUGAAUUCCAUGAACAUUUUAUUUUACAACAUUUGGUAAAUUCUCUAAAAAUCUAAUUUCUCACACAUUUCUAGCUGCUAAUUUUCUGUACUAAUAUUUAAUAUUUCCAGAAUUAUAUUUUUGUUUUUGCUUCCAUCUUCUUAUCAUUCAUAUCCUUUUUAAUCACUCCUAGAUUUCUGCUUUAUAUCUCCCUCGUACGUCUUUCUUCUCACAUGUAUUUGUCAGAUGCAUCUGUGUAAGCAGUGUCUCUCUGUGUGUCCGUGCACAUGAAUGUUUUAGGACGUUCGGUAAAUCUUUUACAUCACUGCAAACACAUGCACUGAAUACCAAUGUUCAUUAUGUAUGGGACAUAUCCCAGCUUUCACUUGACCAGGAAAGCAAAAGCACAAUCCUCCACUGGAAGAACCAAUCACAGCCUUGAUUUCUGCUCGAUUAAUACAUUAUUUCAUAACAGAAAAAGGCAUUUGCGCUCUAAUCUGUGCAAUCUUCGUUAAUUGAUGUGAGCCUUGGAUUAUCGUUCUCACUAAAUCUUGCAACACCUGGAAUUGUAUCUGCUGGAAUCUCUAUUAACAUUAACAUUAAAAAACAAAUAUGAGGUGUAAUAAUAGGAAGAGGAAUGUAGUUUCACAGAUACAGCCUGAUGUUGGCGUUCAGAUUGUGAUGGUGGGAGAGGGAUCAGCACAGGCUUACAUACAGAUAUUCACAGUGACACUCAGGGGGCUCCCUCUGCUGACUGGGAGAAGCUGUGUCAUUGUUGUGUGUGUGUGUGUGUGUGUGUGUGUGUGUGUGUGUGUGUGUGUGUGUGUGUGUGUGUGUGUGUGUGUGUGUGUGUGUGUGUAUUGGGCUGUACUGCAGCACUGCUCAGUACUCAGGCACGUGGCUCAUGUAGCACAGGGAGCGUGCAGAGAGCAGGAGGAGAGCAGGAGACGGAGCGAAGAAGGCUGGAUGCAGGAGGGCAGCAUCUGUGUUAACAAGCCAAAAGGAGGACAGUCAGAGUGCGAAAAAUCAUAUGAUCCGGCAGAAUCAUUCUUUAUUUUUUCACCAGUUUUUCCCCAUCCCUCCUUUCAUAUACAGCAGAUAAUUCUUUCCUUCCAUCCAUUUAUUCUGCCAGAUUAUAUAACCACAAUUUAAUCUGCUUGGGAUCAUAAUGAAAUGAGCGCGGUGCUGCUGUUCAUAGCCUUUUCUCAGAUUAGACGAGUCCAUGAAACGCUCAUUUUUUAAUACAAAUGAACUAAACAGAGCCCUUAAACUCCAUCUCCUGGUUCUCAAUCUUGAAAGCAGUAAACUGAGAAAUCCAAGCAAGCAAAAAAAACUGUUUCUUUUUCAAGAAGGACCUUACAAUAAGAAGAGCUUGUAAUGCAUUUUCAGAAAGAUCGACAUAUACAGCUGACUUAACACUUCUGGAGACACAUCCCUGGGGCGAUAGCAGCUUAGAAAUGUUUCCAACAUAAGGGACACGCACAUGGUAUAACCUGGACUGACUUUGUAGAAUAAGCGGAUGUAACUUUAUAUGUUUAUUUUAGAACUUCAAGCAAAAUCCUCGUAAAAACACCACCAUGUAUUUUGAAACAAAUUUUCAUUAAUUGGAAGCUGAUUUAUCCAGUAAUACAACUAUGUUGUUAGUAGGGCCUGACCAAUAUGGAUUUUUUUAUGAAGUUAUAAAAAAUAUAUAUAUUCUGUAGACAUCUACAGUAUACUACAUACUGUACGUACACUGUAAGCUACUGCUCUUCACGUCAAUAGGAAGACCGACUGAUCAAACUCGGACCAGAAAAGCGUUUUCAACUACCAUCGGUGCCACUGCGUCUUAACUCACGUUACUCAUUUCUGGUCCGGUCUCAUCUGGAGACACGCAGCUGUCUCAGUAAGAGAAGUAGCUCGAUCACAUAAUGUGUACUGUUGUUUAUUCUACCGUUACUGCCAUGGCUAACAGUUUAGCAAGGCUAAUAGCAGAUGGCUAACUCUAACUUUAGCUUGCAUUUUACAUGGUGCUUCACCGUUGUGAAAAUUAGUCUCAAACGGGCUAAAAUUGGCCGAUUUAAUCGUCUCGUCGAUAAAUCGGUCAGGCCCUUGUUUUUAGCUAUUUUUAUAACAUUGACCAGACUAAAGACUGCAUCAGAUUAGGGCUGGGCAAUAAAACGAUAACAAUAUAUAUCGAAAAUUAGUCAAUGGUCAAUAUGAUUUUUGAUAAACGGCAUUCUGCCAUGUUUUGGUAGACUAUACGAAUAGCCAAUGAAAAGGGGAGUUGCUCCGGGUCCGCUUCGUGCUGAACCAAUCAUGUGCUGAAUUAGAACCAAGUAGCGAACAACUGCGUAGUAACAGGCUGCAGCUGCACACAACCACAGCACUUUAACACGUGGAGCCAACACCAAUAAGCACUGUUAAAUUUCAUUUUUUAUAUCGUGAUAUAUAUCGAUAUCGACUGAUAUGAAAAAAUAUAUUGUGAUAAACUUUUUCCCAUAUCACCCAGCACUACAUCAGAGAACUUUAACCACCAUGGCACAAGUUAUCACGAAAAACCACAGACCAAUUACUGGACAAAGUGAACUCAUUAAAUACAGAUAAAUAAAAAUUGGUUCUUUUCACAUCUAGGACUGUUACAAAUUGAAGAUAAUGUUUUGAUAUUAAGAGUUUGCAUUAAAACUGAUUUUGAUCUGAUUUCUCUCUGACACUCAGGCAAUAAAACAAAGGAGGGAGUGGUGUCAUCAGUAAACACAGGUAAGGAUAUUUGGGAUUUUCUUACCAACUUUGUGGACCAAACAUCAUACUUAAAGACACAUAGGCAGCUGAAAAGACGAUAAAAUGAUAUUUCACCACAUAUCACCGUAUAUCUUAACCAUUUGUAUCAUUAAUGCUUUAACUGAUAUCAACAUUCAACCACUUCCGGGUUGUGAAAUAGCUUCAUUUACAAACCAGAAAGCUGCGUUCAAGAGAGUCAACUUGUUUCGAUUGUGUAAAAAGUGUCACUAACCCUCCUCUGCUGCGCCCCUCAGUGGCCAACAGGACCGUGGACCAGACCAACAUCGUCGGAGACACAGCCGUUGGCGCGGCUAACGAAGUUUCACAGGGAACCGUCGAGGGAGUGGAGAACGUCGCUGCGUCAACCGGCAUGGUCAACCAGGUCAGUCGACAUGGCAACACAAAGAAAGACAUGCAAUUUAGGAGAGGAUAUACGUUUUUUAUCCUUGAAAAAGUAGGUUUUAUCGCUUAUAAAGGCGUUAGAGAAACACGUCAGUGUGUAUUCUUUGGUUGGAUUUAGUGUUGUGUCGUUCGCGAACGAUUCGUUCAAAAUAACCGAAUCUUUGAAGUGAACGUACUGAACCGAAUCACCUCCUGGAGUGAUUCGUCCGCAUUGCCAGGCCAGCAGCCGGCGAGCGAGAGACCACAUGCACAGAUGCCUGAAUCACUUGGUGAACAAAUCAAGCAUUGAACUACACUCUCUGGAAUCAUUUUUGUUAACCGCUAAAUUGCCACCACAACAACUUGCAUACAAUAGGACACAGCAUGUAACAAGUAGUGCAUUAAACCCGCAGCAUCCUAUCACUGCAGUGGUUUGCGAGGGAAAGGUGUAAGUUCAGUUUGAAUUCUUCUAAAUGUUCGGUGAAUGAAUCACUCACCACCCCCAAUUUACUGAGCAGACCUGGUAAACGGCAUACCAUAGGACAGUACACUUAAAACAUCAUGACUAAUAAACAAGUUCAUUUUUACAAACCUGUUUGCCAAAGAAACUCAGCCAAACACUCUCGUCUCCCAGUCCCAGAAGCUCUGAAUUGAACUGAAUCCUAAAACGUUCAGCAGUAUCAGCUCAGGAGGUCAGAGUUGCAGGCCUCUCCCGUGAAAUGAUUCGGUGAUUUGGUGAAUCUUUUGAACGAAUCUUUUCAGUGAAUUGAUUCUAGUGAUUCAGUACCUAAAAGAACUGCCGUGCCCAUCACUAGUUGGAUUUAACCGGAAAAAGGAGACAGGUGUUAAUCUUUAUCAGCUACGCAUAUGGCGCCGACAUGUGGCUAAUGUUGGUUACUACCAUUUUUUAUUUAACGCACGAAUGAGGGUGGGAAAAUACAGAAGAUAGUUUCUAAACUUUUAAACUGCAUGUGCUUUUUUAUGGCUCCAAAAAACAUGAAAAUUGUUUCAGAAUAAAAAAAAGAGAAAAAAUUGAUUUUAAUUUUACAUAAAAGUUCUAACAUUAUAACAAGAGAAAAGCCAACUUGUAAUUUUUAUUUCUGAAGGAAAUACGACACUUGAUUACAGUCUCAGUGUUUAUCGUAGUUAACAGUUUUUAAAGUAAGCUGCAUUUACUGAGCAGUGAUUUAAGUCGUGUUGUAUUUCAAUCUAAAGCUGAUUCAAAAUUGACUUUUUCUUCAACUGUUCAAGUGUUUUUUCUUGAUAUAUCUGCUGUAUUUGUCUCUUUCAAUGAGCUCAGUUGCCAAAAAUAUUUCUUUGUUAGAUGACGUCUCAUCUAACUUUUGUGUGUGUGUGUGUCCUGCAUGUCUCUUUAAAACCUCCUUUGUGUCUUUUUUGUGUAUUAUUUCAUUUCGCUUCUGUCUUGUGUGUGGUAUUGUGCUGCUGUUGUUCUUACAUUCUGUUAUUUGUGUUGUUUGUGUCUCAUUUGUGUCUCUCUGAUAGGAGGAGCCUGUAUAUGAGGUGCCUAUUAGACAGAGCAUUGUGGGGUCAUAGGUCAUGCUGGAGUGGGCCGGAGUUAUAGAAAAAGACGGCAUAGCCUGCAUGCCAUAUGUACUAGGUUAUCAGUGAGUGCACCUGCGCAAUUUGAUCCAACAAAGCUGCAACGAACCUGCAGGACUUAAUGCUUGGAUUUCUUGCAGGAGUGCUGGAUUAGAUUAAAUGGUACAGGUGCAAGAAGUAACACUGUGAUAUCAUAUAUAAUAACAAACUAUCCGAGCCGACAGCAGAGAGCAUCAAGAGGAGGUGGAAGAAAUAGACACUGUUUUAGAAAUAAAGGAAUAAUCCAAGAUUGGAUCAUUGCUGGAAUAAAAGAUUUCUUAGACUGGAAAAAAAAAGCACCACAUCUUUUCAGCAGUUCUUUUUCUUAAUGUGAAUAAAUCCAACUUUUUUACUAUCCUCCUGAUGCUCACUGGUCAAAGAUUUAAGUAACGGUGAUACUAAAACUCUGCAUUUCUAAUCAUGAAGCCCUUCAGUGUAGCUUUAAAGAUAUUACCUGCUAUCCAGCACGUCAGAUAAGCUAAUAUGGAUUUAUUCAUGGCAUGUACGGAUGCAACAUCUUAAACCAGGUGAAGUUUCCUUUCCACUGUCACAUGCUGUCUGCCUCUAAUCUACUAACUGAGCCUGCAGGCGAGAGUUUAAGCAUGAUAAUAAGGGCUGAGUCAGCCGAGCAGCAUGUUCUUUGUAGGCUUAUCUACUUUAUAAUGUCAGAGACGGAGGAGAGCGAAAGCUAGACGGUCAUUGGUGCUUGAGGCUUUCUCCCCUGCCAUUACCCUUUCAUCAUCUUUGAUAACUCCACCCUUUUUUCAUUUCUGAAUUUGUUUUCGGUCUUUUUUCCCCUUGCAGGGAGAAUACGGAGGAAUGGAGGGUGGAGAGGGAGGAGAGGUAAGGGAGCAUGUUAGAGAUUAAAGGAGAGCAGUAGCAGCUCAGUCGAGUCAAAUAAACCUGUGAAAGAUUUGCUUUUCAUGCAGCAAUCAUGUUUUCAACAGGUGAAAAUAUUCAAAUACAUGUACAAAUACAUGCAUUUCUGUUUUGUCAAGUUUCAUACCUCUUAAGCUUUGUUUAAUUUGUUUUACAACAUUUGUUAUAUUCAAUAGUAGCAGAAACUACAAACAUCAACAUGAAGUAUUUCUGUUAAACUUGACUGAAAUAUCAUGACAAGUCUGUGAUAGGUAUUGUGGAAAUAAACCUCUAAAAUUGAUGUACAAAGAAAACAUAAGAUAAAAAAACAAGUUUUGCAAGUUUUGCAAGAUGACAACUUCAUUAAUGUCAUCUUGCUGAAUAACAUUAGUGAAGUUCAAGCUUGAGGAAUUACAAGUCUGUGUCAACGUGCCUUGACCAUAGACUGUUUUUACUAUGGACAGAAAGUGCAUUAAACUACAGCUGAACUUCGGUGUUAAGGUCCUUACACACCGGGGUCGACGCGAAUAUAGAACGCGAAAUUACUAAAUAUUCAGAGGUCAAUUUUGAUGCGCCUGACUAUACACAUCGAGCCCAAUGCGAUUUUGCGACUUUCCGAGGGGUAAAAGACGAGUCCUGGGGAAGACUUUUCCCAGGGAAAGUCCCGCCUCCUUCGCCUCUGAUUGGCUAGAAAAGCUGGAAACGUCAUCACACACUCAAGCCAAAUGGUCAGCACUUAUAGCCAAUCAGAGGCAGUAAGAUAAGCACAUGAAACUAUGGUAACAACCGUUAGCAUACGUUAGCGCAGAUGAAAGUUAAAACAAAGACGUUUAGCAAACUGUUAAAGCACACAAACCAUCAUCGUAUGAAAGAUCCGACACAAUGUUGUCCUUCAAGUUGUUAUCUUUGUAAUGUUUGUGUUUUUUAUCAAAAAGGACUCUGUUCUCUGACACGUAAACAAUCAGCCAGUCGGCCAUGUUGGAUAUACCGGUGAAUCAGACGUCGCAACAACACACAAUCUGAUUGGUCAGAAGUGGACACACAGUAUGCGAAACUUUGGAAAAAUCGACCAUCUGAAAAAAAAAUUCCGCAAUAUCGCACAACGGCAGAACGUCGCUGAUGGGAACACUUGUAUUGACAGGAUAUGGGUUUGAAAAAAAUAUUGAAAUCCGAAAUAAUCACACAACAACGGUCCCGGUGUGAAAGGACCUUUAAGCUGAGCUUUAAAGGUAAAAAGGUGUCUUCCUCCCAGACUCUAACUGGUAAAUGUUUCUGAAGAAUAAAUGAGGGCUUCAACUACUAUACUACAUUUGGAGACUUUGAAGCAUCUUAACAAGUCCUCCAUCACUGAGAAGAUGAUUCUAUCUUUUCUUUGUUUCUUUCAAGGGGUAUUAGUCGUCUUCAGGACCUCCCCUCCCGUGCUCUCCGGUGGCCCCUCGCUCCCCUUCGCCUCGCUCUACCAGACUCCAGAUGUUCUACAUAUUUUUUUGUGACUUUACAGAACCAAAAUCAACUCAAACAGACUCUUCCGGAUGCCGCACCUGAGCCCCCCCACUCUCCUUGCACCCACUCUGCCUCACCCCUUGUGAUGCCUUCCCCAAGACCCCACCUAUCCUCACCCUCCUGCAGCCUGUAGCUUUUUCUCUUCCACUGCCCCCUCUCACCCUCGCCUCACCUGAGUGUUAGUGUCGUCCUGAUAUGAAUCCUGGUGUUGUUACCGCCCCCUCCUCCCACACGCCUAACAACCUUUAGGGAAACCUUGCACACAAACACACCAUGCGCGCGCACACGCACACACACACACACAAAAGAGAUACACCUUCAUUCCACACAUGCAAUAAACACACACAUACAGUUUCUAAAGUCGAUGCCAGCACAGACGCACACACUGGGCAAACCACAACAAUGACUCACUGUGUGACUGAGGCAGGGUGUGUGAGGGUGUGUGGUCCUAUCUUGGUAUGCCUUUCUCUCCAUCAUAGCUUCAAAAUGUGUGUGCAUGUGUAGCUGCCGGUGAAUCAAAUAAAUCCCGCCAGGCGUGACGAACAGGUCUCACUCUGUUGUGUGUGUGUGCAGUAGUUAGUUAGCUAAGAUAGUCUGCAUGAAAACGUGUGUAGAAUGACUCGUCCCGUGUCGUAACAGUAGAGUAGCAGCUGUUUUGUGUAGCUUCGUUCGGCUUAGUGUGUGUUUGGCCUCGAACAUUUAUUAGAAACAGGGUUAUCACACAACUAGGAAGCAAUACAUAGCGCUCACUUUUUCUUAGCUGUCAGGUCGACAACUUGAUUGAUCAGUGGUGCAUGGGGGAAACAAAAGCAGUUGAGCCACUUGGCGUCAUGUAGCGUCAAAUUAAACAUUUUUAGAGAACGACCUCCAAAGCAAUAUAAAAUAAGAACCAAAUUGUUCAUGGAAACCAUGACGAUUCCCUUCUACAUAAAUAGAACCAAAAAAAAUCACGUUUAUCGAACCGCGUGAGAAAAGUGUUUACAAGUAUCCAAAGCAUGCACCUUUACUGUGAAAGGAAAUGUUUCAAAUUUAACUGCUUGGUUUCUAAAAUACUACACGCUAAUUUUGUAACAAUUGAACAAACUGACUCGGAACGAAGUGUCAAUGAUGUGCUGUGAAGCCCAACGAUAGCAGUGGAAAAGUCAAAACAGGCAGAGAUAAGGCGGGCCAAUAUGUACACUGCGCCACCUGUCAGUCAAAUUAGCCACACCCCUUUUUAACGCCUCAUUAUGCAAGACUUGUAGCAUGAAUUCUCUCCCCAACAAAUCUUUUGAAUACAGAAAGAGGCCAAUAAGAAACCAAUAUUUAUACAUGUUUCAUUCUGAUGACACGAUUAUCAGGAUUCUUUGGCUUUUAAGGUCUGCCUCAAGUGGACACUAGAGGUACUGCAGUCUUAUUCCUUAAAGUUGUCUUUUGGUUUUAAUGUUUCAAGCUCCAGUUAGGUUAAGUUAGGGUUUUAUUAAACAAAGCUGUAGGAAAUUGUUAAAGAAAGCUAGGGUAGAUGCAAGCAGCUGGUACCAAUCAUUUCUUGUUGUUGUUGAUGCGUAGUUGCAUUUUUCGUCUUUGUGUGCAUGCCAUUGAGAGAAACAAGCGAGUAGCCCAAAUUCCUGCGAUGAAAAAAAAAACUCAAUUUUAAACCCUGAGAAAGCAGAAUGAAGGUUUAGGUUUAAGCAUAUACUAGCUUUAUGUGUAGUUCUUUGUCCAGCUUGAAUUCUGGGAAAUGUAGUUGUUUUUUAAAGGGUAGUCAGCGUCACUCUUACUGGUCCAAACCUUGUUAUCCCAAAUGCCCCGCCCAUUAACUGUCUAAGCCAAUCAGAGGACUUCCGUCUCCUGUCGGUCGCCUCUCACUGCUUGUCUGCCCAGCAUCAGUGUGUGUGUCUGUAAGCACUGUAUGUGUGUGUUAAAUAAAUAUGUGUGUUAACAUAGAUCCUGUUCUGCCAGCAAUGUGCGUGUGUGUGUGCUUGUGUGUGUGUUUGUGUCUGGAGCAGGUUUGUGUGUUUUUACUUUGAGGCCAAUGGAAACUGAUGACUGCAUGUUGCCUUAUGAAGCAAUCUGACAUUCACACACUCGCACACACAGAUUACACGCAACACCUGACUUACACUUACACAUACACAGCACACUCCACACAACACUAAAUCACAAUUCCUACAAAAACACAUAUUGCACACCAUGUUUAAGUUGGCAUCGAAGCAGAUUCGCUGAUUUUAUAAACAGUACCAGUGAAAUUAAAAGGUUUUGUUGAAAUCCAACAAC